CCACUGUUCAUACAUACAUCGACGUUAUUAGACAAAAGGUCUUAUUGUAUUACGUGUACAAUAUAUUCAUACUCAUGAUUCUACGUACAUCAAUAACGUGAUAAAUACGAAAUUAUUAUCCAGUUAUUAGAAAGUUUGAUAAACUUCAAGAAAAACAAUUUGUCGAAUUAUUAGUAGAGAUAUUUUUUUAUUAUUGAGUGAUUCUUAUAUUUCGGGGCAAUUUUCACAGUGAACAUUUCUCAAAUAUAAAGGAAAUCUUAAAUAAAAUCAGCAAAUACAAUAGUAUAAAAAUGUCUGCUGCAGCGGAUGCAUUUACUAGAUUUGCAGAAAAUCUCGGCAACAAAAUCGAACCGAAUGUACGACAUCACCUUGUCCGAGUCUAUGCAUGUCUCACGACCACAACAAUUUGCGCUGCAAUUGGCGCCAUUGUUCAUUUACUUGGAAUAUUCGAAGCAGGUUUAUUAUCAGCAUUCGGUUCGAUUGGACUUGUGUUAUACUUGAGUUUCGCCAUUGAUGACCCAAAGACAUUUUAUACUCGUCUCGCAGCUCUGUUUGGUUUCGGGUUUCUAACUGGCAACUCAAUUGGGCCAUUAUUGAAUUUGGUUAUUGCAGUCGAGCCACAAGUGGUUGUCACUGCGUUGAUUGGAACAGUUGUGGUGUUUGUAUCACUUAGCUGUUCAGCACUACUUGCUGAACGAGGAAGUUUCCUUUUCUUGGGCGGUAUUUUUAUGAGCAUUUUGAGUACUAUGACUUUGUUUGGUUUGGCAAAUAUUUUCAUCCAAUCACAAAUUAUCUAUCAGGCCCAUUUGUACAUUGGAUUGAUUGUUAUGGCUGGAUUUGUAUUAUUUGACACUCAAAUGAUCAUGGAGAAACGACGAGCAGGCUCAACAGAUUGUAUCAGACACUCAAUGGAUUUAUUUUUCGAUUUGGUUUCAAUGUUCCGUCGUUUGCUAAUUAUUUUGACUCAAAAGGAGGAACGUGAGCAACGUCGUCGCAAAAACAAAUAAUUUUCAAUUCUACAACUUAGAAGAUCAGCUCUUAGAUAGCCGAGGUUUUUUAAAAGGAUUAAUCCGCAUUAUAUUAGAAAUGGUUAAUUGCUGUGCUUAUGAUUGAUAAUUUAUAAAGUUGAAAUAAAAAAAAAAUUGAAAAUUACUAUGUAUUUA